ACUCGCACUAUGUUAGAAAUAGGAAAAUGCAAUAAUAAAACAAGAAAAACUGAAAAAACCGAGGCAACUUUGAUCACGCAUGCUCUCAUGUCAUUCACCUUAAACACACAUUUCACCUAAAUUGAGAAAGUCACCGAAAGACGAAGAAGUACAGUUAGAGCGAUCACCGAAAGAAAUCCAUCUCUCAUAUUAAAAAACAUGCCCGUGGUGUUAGAGCACAAGAUCUGGAGAGAUUGAGUGUGAAACUACAGCCCACAGAUAAUGGGUCUGCUGAUGUAACCGCAACACACGGAUCUGAAAACUGAAGUAACCAGGCACGCAACGUUACCUGGAGCAGACUGAGUAAGCACCUGGAGUGCAGGAACAUGGCAGUGAAGGAUUGAAGCAGUAGCCGACAUCUCGAGGACAUCUACCUACAAUCAUCUCCUCAGCUAGAGGAUGAAGUAAGUCCCUGGAUGGAAUGACUUGCUCCUUCAAAGAGAAAACGAGAGUCAAGAAAUAUUAUGAAAGUUACAUGCCUGAGAGGAUUUAACUUCGACUUCCCUGAAUAUGCUGAAAGGACUUUAUGCACUGAAAAGACCUCAGGAAAACCCAACAUGGCCGCCAAAAGGAAAGGUGGCCUAAAACUCAAUGCUAUCUGUGCCAAGCUGAGCCGGCAGGUGGUAACCGGUGAGUGCAGCUCCCAGAACGCAGACGGCGAUGCGAGCCUAGCGGACAACAGCGAGCGCGGCAGCUCGCACUAUGAUGAGAGCGACCGGCCUGAAGUGGACCUCCUGCCCGAGGGCCUGACCCUGAACCAGAGCCUGGAGGAGGACCAGCGUCGACGAGAGGCCAUCGAGAAGUGGGUGAACGGCGAAUAUGGUGACGAGUCGUUCGAUGGCGGCAGCGGCAGUGCCGGGGGAGCCGAGGGGCCGCGGGGGGUCAGGGCCAACAAUGGCGGUGAAGACGGACCUCCAGAGGGCGUGUACAUGGUCCAGCCCAAGGGCUGCAGUGACGAUGAGGACAAUGGCGACGAGCCCGACGCCCUGCACGAUGACGGCAGUUUCCACGAUGACCGCGACUCAGAGGACGGUCCGCACAAGGAGGACAGCUAUGCGUCCUCGGGCGAGGUGGUCAACCGCCAACCGCCAUUCACCUCUCCAGUAGGGGAGGCCUCGGCCCUCCGUGACUAUGCAGCCAACACCAUGAACGAGUUAUUGAACAUGUUCGGCUACGACGACCAGCAGGUGCGGGACGAGCUGGCCAAGAAGAUCAGCUUCUCGAAGCAGAAAGCCCCUACCUCAGACCCCUCCUCCCUGAGCAGCGAGGAGGCCUCGCACCGCGCUCGCUUCUCCAAGUACGAGGAGUACAUCCGCAAGCUGAAGGCCGGCGAGACGCUGCCCUGGACCACGCACUCGCCCAAGCCCGACGAGCUCAACCCCAAGCUGGCCCAGGAGAAGCCAGCAGCAGCGUCCGCCUCCCUGCUGACCCCAUCGUCCAGCUGCCUCCCGGGCGCCGAGGCCCAGAUGUACUCAGCGGGCAUUGUAGACCCGAAGCAGACUCCGCUGGCGGCGGUGGCAGCAGCGACUGCCGGACAGCAGCAGACCCCCGGACCCGGGCACGUCCAGAGCACUGGCUCACGGGCCUCCAAGUACGACUUCUUCAUCCAGAAGCUGAAGAUGGGUGAGAGCCUGCGGCAGCAGAACGGCGCUGGCGGCAGCGGCGGCUACAAGCGGCCCUCCAAGUACGACAUGGACAACAUCAAAUUUCUGCACCUGUUCAAGCCCGGCGAGGGCAGCCCCGACAUGGGUGGCGCCAUCGCCUACAAGACGGGCAAGGUGGGCCGUCCAUCCAAGUACGACAUCCGCAACAUCCCCAAGCUCAUCCCGGGCAAGGAGGGCCCACCACUUAUGCCCAGCGUGCUCUCGGUCACGCCAGGCACUCCCGGCCCCCCACUCGUGCCCACGGCACCGGCCGCCUCGGUGGGCGGCGUUGGCCCCACGGGCCUCCCCGGAGACCAGACAGCUCACCUGGGCUUCAACACAGCCGACUACCUGAAGUCCAGCUUCUCCAAGACUGACUCCAUCACCACUGGAACCAUGUCCUCUGUCAAGAAUGGGCUGCCACCAGAGAAGCCUGCCACCGAGGACGUCAACGUCUACCAGAAGUACAUCGCCAGAAGCUGGGAAAAUCAACAGAAGCUCCCACUACUCCCCGAGCCUUUUACUACACCAGCAUCUUUUAAAAGGUUUUCUGGAAGUCAGCAUUGCGGGCACGUGCACUGCGCCUACCAGUACCGGGAGCACUACCACUGCAUGGACCCAGAGUGCAACUACCAGAGGUUCACCAGUAAGCAGGACGUGAUCAGGCACUACAACAUGCACAAGAAGCGGGACAACUCCCUGCAGCACGGCUUCAUGCGAUUCAGCCCCCUUGAUGACUGCAGCGUCUAUUACCAUGGCUGCCACCUCAAUGGCAAGAGCACCCACUACCACUGCAUGCAGGUGGGCUGCAACAAGGUCUACACCAGCACCUCUGACGUGAUGACCCAUGAGAACUUCCACAAGAAGAAUGCACAGCUGAUCAACGAUGGCUUCCAAAGGUUCCGUGCCACAGAGGACUGUGGAACAGUGUCCUGUCAGUUCUAUGGCCAAAAGACCACUCAUUUCCACUGCAGGCGUCCCGGCUGCACCUUCACCUUCAAGAACAAGUGUGACAUCGAGAAGCACAAGAGUUAUCACAUCAAGGACGACGCCUACGCCAAGGACGGCUUCAAGAAAUUCUACAAGUACGAGGAGUGCAAGUAUGAGGGCUGCGUCUACAGCAAGGCCACCAACCACUUCCACUGCAUCCGCUCGGGCUGCGGGUUCACCUUCACCUCCACCAGCCAGAUGACCUCGCACAAGCGCAAGCACGAGCGCCGCCACAUCCGCUCGGGCGGCAUGCUGAGCCUGGGCGCCGCCUCGUCCGCCUUCCUGCUGCCCAAGGAGGAGCAAGAGGAGUCCAGCAACGACGACCUCAUGGACUUCUCGGCCAUCAGCAGCAAGAACUCCAGCCUGAGCGCCUCGCCGACGGCUCAGCAGCAGCAGGGGUCAUCGGCGGUGGGAGGCGGCGGGCACUCGCUGAUGGCGCCCACCACCACCUCCGCCGCGGUCUCGGGCGCCCUCUCGUGUGCCCUCUCGGGCGUGCUCUCGGCCGGCGGCCUGGUGAAGUCCACCGCCUCGCUGCCGCCGGCCAGCCGCAUGUCCAGCCUGCUCUCGCAGGCACUGCCCAGCAACAUGCCGGUGGCGCUGGCGCUGUCCAGCUCAGCACUGACCGGCGCCAACCCCUUCUUCCCGCUCAUGCCGCGGCUGCCGAUGCAGCUGCCGCCUUCGGCUGCCUCGGGGCUCAUCGCUGCGGCCGCCGCCAGUUCUGGCGCGCACGCCCUGGUCAGCGACUCGCUCGCCCAGAGCUGCGCCACCAUGGGUGUGGACGGCAGCAGCGGUGGUUGCGGAGCCUCCACCCCCACCUCCUCCUACACUACCGCCUCCAUCAUGGAGAAGAUCUCGGCCAGCAAGGGCCUCAUCUCACCCAUGAUGGCCCGACUGGCUGCAGCCGCCCUCAAGCCUGCAGGCAACCUGGACACAGGGAAUGGGCUGCCUGCCGCUGCCAACCAGUUCAAUCUGGUUCAUGUGAAGCAGGAGCCCGUGGAUGGAGCCUCAGGGGCCUCCCAGGACUCUGUGCAGGAGCACAGCCUGGACCUGAGUAAGAAAGACCACAGGUACGGCCCAUGGCCGGUUGCACAUAAUGAAUCAAAUGGACACCCUGCACCGGCAAAUACAUCUCUUUUAUCCUCACUUAUGAAUAAGAUGACGCAGGUCAACCCGGGCUUCUUCAGCGCCCUGAACCUGAAGACGGAGCUUGAGAACAACCAGGGGACGGACACCUCGGAGGCGGCCCAGUACCUGUGCCGCGUAAUGGGCAGACCCCUGCCAGAGAAGCCUGUGGAGCUGUGGAGGACCUACCUGCGCAGGUUUGACACCGACGAUUUCUGUGAAGCUCAGUGUGACUUUUUACACAAAGUUCACUUCCACUGCCUGGUCGAAGACUGUGGAGCUCUCUUCAGCACAGUGGAUGGAGCCGUUAAACACGCUAACUUUCACUUCAGGGCCAAUCUGAAGGUGAAGUCCGAGUCCCCGUACAGUGAUGGGAAGGAGGCCUCCGAGGGGCCUCAGAGCCAGCUGGCCACCUCCAUCUCCAUGGCCAACACUCCCCCCAUGGAAGUCCCAAGCCUGGCCACCUCGGGCGGGUACAGCGCGGCCACGCCCUCCCUGCUGGCCUGGAAGCACCUGACCGGCUCCAUCCCCCAGCUGCCCGCUUCCAUGCCCAACCUGCCCGCCUCCUCACCCCUGGCCACCACUUCGCUGGAGAACGCCAAGCCUCAGGUCAAGCCUGGAUUCCUGCAGUUCCAGGACAAUGACCCUUGCCUCGCUACGGACUGCAAGUACUCCAAUAAGUUCCACUUCCACUGUCUGUUUGGGAACUGCAAGUAUGUGUGCAAGACCUCUGGGAAGGCCGAGUCCCACUGCUUGGACCACAUCAACCCCAACAACAACCUGAUCAACGUGCGAGAUCAGUUCUCCUACUACUCACUGCAGUGUCUCUGUCCAAAUCAGCAUUGCGAGUUCCGCAUGAGGGGUCACUACCACUGUCUGCGCCCUGGCUGCUUCUUCGUCACUAACAUCACCACCAAGCUGCCCUGGCACGUCAAGAAGCACGAGAAGGCCGAGAGGCGCGCUGCCAAUGGCUUUAAGUACUUCACCAAGAGAGAAGAGUGUGGCAGGCUAGGCUGCAAGUAUAACCAGGUGAACAGCCAUUUCCACUGCAUCCGCGAGGGCUGCCAGUUCUCUUUCCUGCUCAAGCACCAGAUGACCUCGCACGCGCGCAAGCACAUGAGGAGGAUGCUGGGAAAGAACUUUGACCGGGUUCCCUCCCAGAUGAUGCCCCUUGCCCAGCGUCCGGAGGAGCUCCAGCAGAUGGCCAGCAUGGCUGCAGGCGCCUUGGGCGGCGGCCAGCCAGGCCUGACCGCCGGCUUCUCCAGUAUGAUGGACGACGGCGACGACUACAUGGACUACAUGGGGGGAGGAAGCCCGCUGGGGCUCUCCUCCGAGUCGUCCAAUCAGGACCGCAGCUGCACCAGCACCCCCGUGGGCAACGAGAGUUCGCCGGCAGGACCAGGCUGCCAGGCCGGUGCACCUCCUGCUUCCACUGCCCCAGCCGACACUCCCGCUCCCCCAAACGCCCCUCAGCCACCUCCACCUCCUCCUCUUCCUCUUCCUCCGCCACCUCCUCCACCACCCUCUCAGGCGUCGGCGGCCCCGCUCCAGUCUCCGACGCUCUCCUCCUACUCUCCGGCCCUGCUGCGGCCGCCCCUCCCUUCUCUCCCAUACCUCCUGUCUCCAUCCUGUCUGUCCUACUCUCUGCUCAGCGCCUCUCUCGGAGCCACUCGGAGCGUUGUCAUGCCAACCAACACACCAGCUUUCAGCCCCAUCAUUGCCACUCCGUCUCCGGUUAAAAAUGACGUCCCUAUAGUGCAGGAUGCUGCAGGCAACACCAUCUCCAUCCCCACGGCGACAGGCGCCAAGAAGCGCUUCUGGAUCAUCGAGGACAUGUCGCCCUACGGCAAGCGCCGCAAGACGGCCUCCUCGCGCAAGAUGCUGGACGAGGGCAUGAUGCUGGAGGGCUUCCGCCGCUAUGACCUGUACGAGGACUGCAAGGACUCGGGCUGCCAGUUCUCGCUGAAGGUCACGCACUACCACUGCACGCGCGAGAACUGCGGCUACAAGUUCUGCGGCCGCACGCACAUGUACAAGCACGCGCAGCACCACGACCGCGUGGACAACCUGGUGCUGGACGACUUCAAGCGCUUCAAGUCGUCGCUCAGCUGCCACUUCCCCGACUGCCAGUUCUCGGGCAACAGCACGCACUUCCACUGCUUGCGCUGCGGCUUCCGCUGCACCGACAGCACCAAGGUGACGGCGCACCGCAAGCACCACGGCAAGCAGGACGUGAUCAGCGCCGCCGGCUUCUGCCAGUUCAGCUCCAGCGUCGACUGCGAGGUGGCCGACUGCAAGUACAAGCUCAAGUGCUCGCACUUCCACUGCACGUACCCCGAGUGCAAGCACACGGUGGUGGGAAUGUCGCAGAUGGACUCGCACAAGCGCAAGCACGAGAAGCAGGAGCGCGGAGAGCUGCCCACCGUCACCUCCUCGCCCAGCCGGGAGGCCGGACACCAGGCCGGCGGAGCAGUGGCCGGCAGCGGAGGAAUGGGAGGGCUAGUGGCCCAGGUGCCCGUCAGCAUGCACUCCAUGUCUCCGGGAGCGCAAGGGCUGGGGCACGGCCCCGGGGGCAGCAUGUAUCUGCCCUCGGCAGGAGCGGCCAGCGAGUACGAGCACCACCACCACCACCACCACGGCGGCGGCAGCCAGGGAAUCAGCCUGGACGGGUCGCUCAACCUGGGCACCGAUGCCAGCAGCUCGCUGUUCUUUCUGAAGAACGCCGCCGGCCUCGGUCUCAACGACUCACUGGACCUCAGCAAGAAAAUGGGCCACCAUGACGGCCUAAGCAUGGGCCCUGGAUCCAGCACGCCUGUGUCCAGCGCAGGGCCUCUGGGUCUCGCCGCCGCCGCAGCCACACGAAGCCAAGACGACGCCACUGGAAUGUCCGGCGAGAACGAGGACGACCUGUCCGCCGAGGAAGAGCCCAUGGCCGAGGAAGAGGAUGAGGAAGAUGAGGAGGAGGAGCCAGAGGACGACCUGAACACCGACUCCUACGAAGACUCCAUGCCGGAGCCCGACGGCGAGAAGGACAACGGCGAGACUUUCGAGGCGCCCAACAAUCACGCCGAGAGCUCGCAGCAGGACAAGGACGAGGCCGACCCGUGAACCAGCAGUGGGAGGGGAAGAGCCACCUCGACGACUAACUAUGAACAAACGAGAAACAAGAAUGAAAGUGGCCUCAUUUAUCAUGGUUAGCAACAUUGCAGAUGACAAGAAAACAACUACAUAAAAAACGUGAAGGCCCAAAAAUGAUUUAUUAUGAUGUUUACAAGAUGACCAAUAUUAAUAAUUUAAUUAUGCAUUAAGAAAUGAACACAGAAACAGGCAGAUGAGGCCCUCUUUUACACAUGGCUGGCAGUGUAAACCAUUUCCUACACAUCGGUCUUUUUUGUGUGAGUGCAUGUUUGACUAAUUUAUUUAUUUUUUUCCGUUUUGUUUUUUACUUUUUUGUGUGUGGAAAAAAAUUAGGAAAAAUAACAAAAACAAAAUCUAACUAUAUAUAUAUAAAUAUAUCUAUAUACUGUAGUUGUGUGUGGACAUUGAUAUACAAUUUUUUGUGAAGCAGUCAUCACAUGAACUGCAGAACCCUUAUACCUAAUAAAAAAGGGAAACGCGUACAAAAUACUGUACACUGACGGAAAAUGAAUUCAAGAGAAUGUGCUCAAAAUAACUGAUUUCAACUAUUGUUGUUGUUAUUCUAUGAUGACUUAUUUAUCAGUGAAGUUGCAGGGGCCUGCAUGUGCGCUUCUGGCUCCCACAUCUCUACGUUGAUCCUUUCUGCAGGGUGACAUUUCUUUUGUGCGUUUCUUUAUUUGUUUGUUUGUUCCUGGUUCAUUCACUCACACUCAUAAUGGUCAGUUGUUAUGCUGUAGGUUCCAUUCCAUGUGGACAGUUGACUCCUCGGUCACCUUCAGUCCAAACAGAGACCAGUAACUGCGGCCAGGGAACUCAGACCUCAAAGCCCAGAUCGCAGUGUAUGCAGCUGCCCAAGCACAUUAUGGUUGUACACACACGAAAAAAGACAGACACCAAAAGCUCAUUUUUUCAACAUUCAGAUUUUUGUUUUGGUUCAUUCAGAUUUUUUUUUUUUUUUUGUUUGUUUUUUUUUUUGUGUGUUUUUUAAGAUAUUUUCUUGUUGUGUUGUGGACCCUGUUGGCAUUGCAUAUGGUUAGUGCACUUUUAUAGAUGAGAAAAGCUAAACAAAACGCAUAUUCAGAAAAAAAUAAUGUUUUGUUACCAUUCGCAUUAUUUGCUUUAUUUUUCUUUUGUUUGCGGCGGCAUUUUCCAGUUGCACAUGCAUGACCAGUUGAUGCUGCAGUUUUACCUUGCUGAUUUGAUGGGUGUGCAGAGAUGGGGUUAGCUAGCAGGGUGGAUUGUGAGGGAUAGAGAGAGAGAGUGAAAGAGAAUAUGUUGGUGCUACCUGCCCAGUCAUUAUAAAAGAGGGGGUUACUGGAGGCCUGGUGGUUUUCAGGAUCCAUGUGGACUGAAGUAGCCAUCCACAUGGAGGACCUGCGAGGUCUGAAUGUAGAGGGAGUUGAGAGAUGAGAGACAAAACAUAGCAGGUAUUGUUUCUUUUCUUGUUCCUUUUUUUAUUAUUUUAAAAAAGAGAUUUUGUAGCACGAGAGGAAAACAAUUAAACAAACAAGAGGACAUGGUGGAGUUCUUGAAGCUUCCUUUUUUCAGAGGCCUCAUGUGAUUACUUACAAGUGGACAAGGCUUCGUCACGGGACUAUCUUUUCCUGCAGCCCCAACUGUCUAACUUAUGGAGAGACAGCACGUCUAGAGAGACAUGCUAAAGGACACUCUCCCGCGCUGGGAAACAUGUUUGAAAUGUACAGACAGAAAACAAUGUGUUGAUGACAUUUAUUGUUGUUUUCUCCUUACCAUGGCUGUGGUUAAGCUCCAAUUAUAAUGGUUUUAUUUAAUAUUUAUGUGACCUUGCAAUGGUAAAAAAAAAACAAUUAGGGUGUUUUUGCACUUUUUAGGUUCAUUUUUACUUCAUGAGAAAAAAAUAUGGCAUAUAUCUUUUAACAGGGAAGUUUUUGCUUUAUGCUGUUGUUUUAGCUCACUUUGCGUUGAUGCACAAAUAGUUGUUAGUGUGACAAAGAUCUCCUGUUCUGUGUUUUAUUUAAAGAAAAAAAAAUAAGGACUGAUUUUAUUUGCUUCCGUGAUUGGAUGAAUUCAAUAUGGGAAAAGGCAUGCCAGGACCUGCGUGCCCUAACGAGGAACACUAAUGAGAGCUGUGAUUGAAAUGAAUUCUAGACAGAGGAAAUGAUUACAGUGCUCAGAUAGAACCAAAUUACAACAAAAAAAUGUUUGUAGCCCAGCCUCAGUUAAAAAUGAAUGACUGUAUAAGAUGAAGAAGAAAAAAAGGAAAUAAAUAAAUAAAUAAAAAUUGUGGCAAGGAAAUUAUGAUUAAUUAUUUCUUAAACAUGACUUUGAAAAGAACUAUUGGAAUAGAGGUAAUUACAUGUGUAGAUGAAUAUCUUCAAGAUACUGUUUCAAGAGGUGGAAAAGGUUGUAUAGUAUUUUCUUCUGUAAAAAACUAUAUAUGAACAAAACGCUCUUUGAUGAAAAGCUUCCUUUAAAAAUAAAAUAAUAAAAAGGAGAAAUAAAGAAAUAAAAAGUCAAAAAUGGAAAAAGUACCAGUAUAGUUUGCUUGUGUGUGUGUGUGUGUGAACUCUUUUUGUAUCAAUACUCCCAAAAACAAUAGAGCCCUCUGACCAGAAAGCACUGAAGCAGCAAUGAGUCACUUCAUACUCUACUGUGUUUUUCAUCAUUUCCUCAAACCAUUUUAAUGUCACCUAAUCCAUAGUGAUAUGGAAUCACUGAUGGCUGUUUCUGGUUGCUUUAACACCACCUUUUAUUUGCUUUUAUUUGUCAUUGUUUUGUGUGUGUUUAUCUUUUCAAAUUUAUUUAAUUGGAUUAUUUGUUGACAUUUUUCUCUGGCAUGACUCCUUUCUAGGCGUUCUUUUUGCUCUGUCCUUGAGUGCAAGGCAGAGCUUUUUUUUUGUUUGUUUUGUUUUUCAGAUUCAAACAAAAAAAAAAAACUGUUGAAAUGGCUAUUUGGCUGGGAGAUACGUUGUGCACUUGAAUACAAUUUAUGUGUGUAAAAUAGCAGGAUUUGUAAAAAGUCAAAAAAUAAAGAAAAUCUAAUUAUUAUAACAA